AACGUGGGUGGACAUGCCCUUAGGCCUUCAAGGUGACAAACAGCCGCUGACUAAAUAUAGCGCGAGCUGGAGAGGGCAUUCCGUAUUUGGAGUCUGAAAAAGAUGGGUAACGUGAAAUAAGUGCAGGCGCCCAUCGCAUUCGUUUUCCUUUCAGAGUCUUGCCUUUGGCACUUAAGGAAGGUUUAUUUCACGUUUUCUUCUUGCAAGGCUUUGUCCACCGAACCGCCAUGAUGAGAUCGGUUACAGUAAAGCUGUUAUCUCUGAGUCUCAGGCUGAAGGUGCCGUCUAGUAAACAAUACCCUGUUUGAGCUGCUCCUGGCCUUGGGCGCACAGCAACAUAACUACAUGCUCUGACAGAAGCCUCUUAGUAAAAAAGAAAAAACCCAGGAGGAGGAUCAAGUCAAGUGUUGCCGUGGUUGCCCCCCCGCCCCCCAGGAAAGGGCUAUGUCCCCACAUCGAAUGAGCUACUGCUUGUUUCAGUUGAUAAAUAAGGUCUUAAGGCUGUAUGGCUGCGGUAGUAAAAAUUCAGGACCCUGGAGCCAAGCACUGUGGUGCACUUUAAUAAUCCAUCAUUUAGUGUGAAGGCAAGAGGUUGAAGUUUGAGGCCAGCCUGGGCUACAUGCAAGACGUUCCAAUCCAGGGUACUGUCAUAGUCAAGGAAAAAUGGAAUGUGCUCUAGAAUGCAUUUGAACAUUUUCUCUAUCGUUUCCCUCUUGCUGGUACUCCUUCUGUUUAUAGUUAUGAAUUAUUUUCAUGGCUAAUAUUUUUUUUAAAUCUUUGUUUCUCUAAUUUGUUAGUGUUAUUUAAGGUUAGAAUGGUUGGUAUAUAUAGGGCCUUGGUUCAUUCAGAACUCCAAAUACAGAGGUUUGUUACUAGUUACAUAACUUAAGGAACUGAAUAUUGUCUAAUAGGGGAAAUGGCUUGUUCUAAGAAAUUGGUAAGAAUUUUAAAUGGGGAUGGAAUAGAACAAUUGUCUUUAAAAUACACUGUUAAAUAACUGUUAUUUCCUGGUGUGGGUAGGUAGGCUUUGGGCUUUCAAGAUAAAUCACCAUUUCUACUUUGACUUGAUAAAUCUGAGUUUACAUGGCUGUUCAUUUGGCUGGGAACUUGUUUGAAAAUUAUCUGAAGUGGUUAGAGGUGGAACUGAAUAGGUUUAAGUUAUAAUGAAGUAGGAUGUAUUAAAUGUGCUGAAAGUUCUGGGUUAACUGAAUUGAUAAGCUUGUGUAGUUAUAUAUUAAGGCCACCUAGCAAGUUUUCAAGUAGCAUACAUCCCUGUCAAAAUCAACUUAAUUAUUUGACCAAAUAGCUCCUAAUAAACAGUUAAGAUCUUCUCCAUACUUCAUAAAAUGAAGAAUUGUUCGCUUCCGAGUUGUGUGGGUAGGUCAAGUGAGAUUUCUCAGAGGGUUAAGAGUACUUGCUGCAAGGCUGUUGUGACUGGAGUUCCUGGGACCUAGGACACAUAAUGCAGAGGGCCUAAGUUGUCUUCUGUUCUCUGCAUGAAUGCCAUGGCACAAGGCUGUGUUGUGUGUGCACAAAUAAUGCCGUUUAUCUUAAAAAUCAAGACUGUAGUCUUGACAUCAUGAUAAGAUUUUGUCAUCUACAAAUUCACAGCUAUACUUGGCCCUUAGGUAGGAUGGAAACUGCGAGUUACAUGGUAGGUAGAUAGGCUUAACACUAAUAGUUAUAGUGAGUCAGGGAUUUUUUGUUUUGUUUUCCAGAUAAGAUCUGUGACCAAAUCAGUGAUGCUGUUCUUGAUGCACACCUUCAGCAGGACCCUGAUGCCAAAGUGGCUUGUGAAACUGUUGCUAAAACUGGAAUGAUCCUUCUUGCUGGGGAAAUUACGUCCAGAGCUGCCAUUGAUUACCAGAAAGUAGUUCGUGAAGCCAUUAAACACAUUGGAUAUGAUGAUUCUUCCAAAGGGUUUGACUACAAGACUUGUAAUGUGUUGGUUGCCUUGGAACAACAGUCACCAGAUAUUGCCCAAGGUGUUCAUCUUGACCGGAAUGAGGAAGACAUUGGUGCAGGAGACCAGGGUUUGAUGUUUGGUUAUGCCACUGAUGAAACCGAAGAGUGCAUGCCUUUAACCAUCGUCUUAGCACACAAGCUCAAUGCCAAACUGGCUGAACUACGCCGCAAUGGCACGUUGCCUUGGUUACGUCCAGAUUCUAAAACUCAAGUGACUGUGCAGUAUAUGCAAGAUCGAGGUGCUGUGCUGCCCAUCAGAGUCCACACAAUUGUUAUAUCUGUUCAGCAUGAUGAGGAAGUUUGUCUUGAUGAAAUGAGGGAUGCUCUAAAGGAAAAAGUGAUCAAAGCUGUUGUACCUGCGAAAUACCUGGAUGAGGAUACAAUUUACCAUCUACAGCCAAGUGGAAGAUUUGUUAUAGGUGGACCUCAGGGUGAUGCUGGUUUGACUGGCCGAAAAAUCAUUGUGGAUACUUAUGGUGGUUGGGGAGCUCAUGGAGGAGGGGCCUUUUCAGGAAAGGAUUAUACCAAAGUGGACCGCUCAGCUGCUUAUGCUGCCCGUUGGGUAGCAAAAUCCCUUGUUAAAGGAGGUCUGUGCAGAAGGGUUCUUGUUCAGGUGUCUUAUGCUAUUGGAGUUUCUCACCCAUUGUCGAUCUCCAUUUUCCAUUAUGGUACUUCUCAGAAGAGUGAGAGAGAGCUGUUAGAAAUUGUAAAGAAGAAUUUUGAUCUUCGCCCUGGGGUCAUUGUCAGGGAUCUGGAUCUGAAGAAGCCAAUUUAUCAGAGGACUGCAGCCUAUGGCCACUUUGGUAGGGACAGCUUCCCAUGGGAAGUGCCCAAAAAGCUUAAAUACUGAAAGUGUUAGCCUUUUUUCCCCAGACUUGUUGGCGUAGGCUACAGAGAAGCCUUCAAGCUCUGAGGGAAAGGGCCUUCUUCCUAAAUUUUUCUGUCCUCUUUCAGCUCCUGAUCAGUUGCAGUCACUCUAAUCAAUGACAUGAAUUUUAGCUUUUGUGGGGGACUGUAAGUUGGGCUUGCUAUUCUGUCCCUAGGGGUUUUGUUCACCAUUAUAAUGGAUAUAGUGAGCAUAGGUGAUCCAUGUAACUGCCUAGAAACAAACACUGUAGUGAAUAAUGCUUUGAAAUCGAACCUUUGCCCUAUCACCUAGUCCUCCAAAGUCCUAAUUGCAAUUACUUUCCCACCAGAUGCUGAAAAUGUCCUUGUAAUGUGCACGUAAAGUACUUGUAGUUUGACUAUAGACUGGCAAUGCCACAGCCCUGUCAGCAUGAAUUUGUAAUGUCCUGAGCUCUUAUUUAUUGAAUGUGAAGUCCCUUCCCUUAUACCUCCCUGUAACUCAGUCCUUUCUAAUUAUGUAGUUCUUUCUGUCAGGGAGUGUUCCUGUCCAGUCAAUCUUGCAUGAAACAGAAGUUUCACUUGGAGCUCUAGCCUGACUUAAAAAAGGCAGUUACAAUUAAACCAUCUCCCUGGUGCUUAUGCUAUUCAUUGCCACCUCUUAAACAGCACCAAGUCAGAAAUCUUACCACUUUUCAGCUGUCUUUGGAGGACGUACGUAAUAAGGUUUUAUUUAGUAAACCAAUCCUAUGCAUGGUUUCAGCACUAGCCAAACCUCACCAACUUCUAGUCUAGAAAAACAGGCACUUGGCACCCUUGUGAUGUCAUACAGAGAAGUCACAGGGCAGUACCUGAGGGUCUGUAGGUUGCACACUUUGGUACCAGGUAACUUUUUUUUUUUUUUCUUUAUAAGAAAGACAGUACUCCACACUGCACAAUAGCUCCUCCCAGGGUUUUAACUUUGUUUUAUUUUCAAAACCAGGUCCAAUGAGCUUUCUGAACAGCUGGUGUAGCUACAGAGAAACCAGCUUCCUUCAGAGAGCAGUGCUUUUGGCGGGGAGGAGGAAAUCCCUUCAUACUUGAACAUUUUCUAAUUGCUUAUUUAUUGUAUUCUGUGGUAUGGCGUAAGUACAGAGAAGCCAUCACCUCAGAUGGCAGCUUUUAAAAUUUUUUUUUCUCAACACCAUGAUUCCUUUAACAUGUUUCCAGCAUUCCCAGGUAGGCCAAGGUGUCCUACAGAAAAACCUUGGGUUAGACCUACAGGGGGUCUGGCUGGUGUUAACAGAAGAGAGGGCAGAGCUGGUGCAGCUGGCCAUGGAGAAAGCUGACUUGGCUGGUGUGGUACAGAGAAGCCAGCUUGUUUACAUGCUUAUUCCAUGACUGCUUGCCCUAAGCAAGAAAGUGCCUUUCAGGAUCUAUUUUUGGAGGUUUAUUACGUAUGUCUGGUUCUCAAUUCCAACAGUUUAAUGAAGAUCUAAAUAAAAAAUGCUAGGUUCUACCCAAA